UUGUACUUUGACUGUCAAUGUCAACUGUCAGUUCUAGAAAAAACUAUUUUUGUCGAAUGCGGUGCUAGAAAUUUCCAAACAUUCGUUGCCCACGGGAGAGAUUAAAAGUCCCAAACAUGACUGAUACAGCAGAAAAUACUAGUGCAAAUAAGCCAAAAAUCAAGCAUGACUGGUACCAGACAGACGCACAGGUGGUGGUCACCAUUCUACUCAAGAACGCACCUGCGGGCAAGGUGAAAGUGCAUUAUGGAGACCGCAGUCUCUCUGUGUCCGCCCCGCUACCAAACACAGACUCCGAAUACAGUCUAGAAUUAGAACUAUCUCAUGAGGUUGUUCCCUCUAUGAGCACCCAUGUCGUGUCACCGUCCAAGAUAGAGGUGAAGUUAAGAAAGAAGGAGGGGCUGAGAUGGGCCAAGUUGGAGGGAGAGGGGAAUGAGGAGAAAGUGAAAGCUAUUCCACAAGCCGUCAUAGAUGCUUCCGGGCCUCCUGCCCCACCGAAGAUAUACAAAAAAGACUGGGAUAAAAUAGAGAAAGAGAUUAAGAAAAUGGAGGAAGAGGAAAAGCCAGAAGGAGAUGCGGCGCUCAACGCGCUCUUCCAGAAGAUAUACGGCGAAGGCUCAGAUGAAGUGCGAAGAGCUAUGAACAAAAGCUUCGUGGAGUCUGGAGGCACGGUACUCAGUACGAAUUGGAACCAGGUGGCUAAGGAUAAGGUGGAGGUCAAACCGCCCGACGGACUCGAAUUCAAGAAAUGGGAACAAUAGACAACUUCAACCAGAGACAACAUUAUUAUACAGGGUGCUUCCUGUAAUACGAGCAAAAAAUUAAACUGUGGGCUCCUCAUACUGACCAACAUUUGUUCAGCUACUUUUAAAAAUAACUUGUGGUUUGAUUUUUAAUACACUUUAAAGUUUAUUCUAAGAUGCAAUGUAUUGCGAAUUCUGUUAUGUUUAAGGCGUGACAAGCAACGUCAAUCACAAUGAUAUGGCAUGGCGAUGGCGAAGCAUUGAAGAUAAUAUUUAUUUUGUAUGAAAAAUAGGGAGUCUAAAUACUUCAAAAUUUUUAAAAGUUGUUGAACAAAAGUGUCACCGUUUGAGGAGUACAAUCUAUGUUUUAAUUAUUUGCUCGUGUUACAUGCCACACCCGGUAGAUAGAGUCAGACCGAAAAGUCUGCAGCGAUUUUGAUGGCCCACUCAGUGCAAGUGUUAUUUUAAAUGUCAAACUAUUAUGAAAUUAUGACGUAUAAAUAACAAUUGCACUGCCUGUGCUAUGAAAAUCGCUGCAGACUUUUUUUGGUCUAUGUAACUUGGUUAAGAGUCACAAGAAACUAUACUUCGUUUUUUUACAUUAGAAAGAGUAGUAAGUGGGUAAUUUUUUUUCGUUUUUUUGUUUUUUGUCCUUAAAAAAAUGUGACAGAGUGUAGCUUUUUUGUAUGAGGGUUUUUUAUUCUUGUGUAAAUUAUAAUAAUCUACAGCUAAAAAGACAUGCAUUAGCACUCGUUUUUUUUGUUUGAUAGAGUACAGUUAACUGUAAAAAUAUGGAUGUAGCCAACUUAAGUAUUCAAAAAUAUGUCCCAUAGUUCUUAAUUCGCUGUCAUAAGAGCUAUCGGACAUAUUUUUGAGAUGAUUUGUGCACCCAUAUUUAUGAACACUGUGUUGUAUUUAUGUACACUUGACUGUACAUAAAUACAAGUACCAACUGUACUUAUGUACUGUAAAACGUACGAUACAUGUGCGAAUAGUUAUACGCAACUCGUGUCAAUUUAAAACACUCCCUUCGGUCGUCGUUUAAUUUAUCGCCACUGGUUUCGAAUUUCCUAUUUUUCGCUCUCGUAUCGUAAUGUACUAUUACAAUACAAUUAAAUACAUCAUAAUAUGGUUCUACUUUACCGCACUAGUGCGGUAAUUAGCACUUAACACGCCUAUGUCGAAAAUGUAAAGGGCCAUAAUUAUGUACUGUAAAACGUCGAUACACGUGCGAAUAGGUCGUGUUAUAAUCCAUACAUUUCACACAUGAGUAUCGUAAUGUAUUUACCGUAUCGUCUUGGGUCGUUCAAGUUCUUAAAUUAGUUCUAUUCUGCUUUCGUCACUCAUUCUACAUUGAAAGCCACCGACGAUUGUGACGAAUGUAGAAUGGGUGACGAAAGCAGAAUAAGACUAAUUUAAGAACUUGACGAAAAACGAAUGGGACGACCCAAAACGAUACCGUAUUUACUAUUGAAUACCGGGAGUCGCGCCUCUUAAAACGUAGUGAUUAUAUUCUAACCCCCUUAUUUAUAAAACUUUAAGGGUCUGAUUUAGUUCAAUUAUAUUUUACACCUUACAAAUGCAUAAGUCAAAAUGACAGAAAGACUAACGAUUAAAGUCGCACCAAACAAAGUCUGCAGCGGAUUUGAUAGCCCACGCAGUGUAAGUGUUAUGUAUACGUCAUAAUUUCAUAGAAGUUUGACGUUUAAAAUGACACUUGCACUGCGUGGGCUAUCAAAAUCGCUGCAGACUUUUUACGGCCUGACUAUAUUAGCUAAUUCCAUGGUAUAAUAAUAUACUCCGCCUGGUACUCUCUUCCCGUCUUUUCUAGGUCACCUGACUGACACAAGCCUACGUCAUCACGCGACAGCGCUAUAUGAUAAUAUGCGAUAGCGCUAUGUAUAGCGGCCAUGUUAUUGUGACGUAGGCUUGUGUCACUCUGGGAAGAGAAGACCAUGUUUUAUUAGACUAUGGCUAAUUCAGACCAGUAACGCGUUUAUGAAUAACGCUAUAAAUAGGGGAUAUUAAUGCAAUGUUCUGCCGCCAGAGUGCAACACUACCGCUUCUAGUAAACCAAAUAAAUAAAAAAUAGAGUAACUUUUACAUACUGUACCUUAAACUGUGUUUUGGCAAGUUUUCACAGAUAAUAAAAUAUGACAUUGAUGCAUCAAGGCGUUUUGUUAACAAGGGCCUACCGGGAAACGCGAAAAUCGACAUUUAGUUACAUGCAUUUAUCUCUCGAAUAUGCAAGAGUGAUAGAGAGGUUAGAUAAUGAAAUUUCGCUUUUCUUGUUUCGCGGUAGACCCAUAGAAAGUGGUAGUAGCGCCCCCUACGCAGAGUUUCGCGUAAUAUUCCCUGUUUCCAGAGUUAGAACAAGAAAAGUCUGUGACGAUUUUGAUAGCACACUCAGUGCAAGUGUUAUUUUAAACGUCAAAAUUCUAUGAAAUUAUUUGUAUUUGUAUGAUUGUAUGGCUGCGGCUUGGUUCCUGUGAGUCUUAACUUCAGGUACAGAAAAAAAAUGAGUAUGGCCCAGUAUCUUCUGGCUAAGCAUUUUUUUUACGAUUAAGUGAAUAUAUUGUACUAAAUGGAGAGAAUAAAGAUUGAAAGUGUU